UUUUGAAGAAGUUCAUGGUUGGACCGCGCGCGACAAAGUGCGAAGGAUGAAGUGCGAAGAUGAUAGGAUUUAAAAUCCGACUAAUAAAUACGUCUUAUAAGUAUGUCUGCCACUUCAUUUUAGAAAAUUGAAGGUGGAACGGCGGAACAAUGUGGCUCUGUUGGAACUGUUCUCAGAUUUUGCGCCUGCAUAUGUUAAUUGUCUGCCUUUUUGGAGUGAUUUCCUCCAGCCAACAGUUGAACAUUCAAUUGCUGAAUUACCAAAGUGUAUUCCAAGGGUUAAAAUAGUCGACGUACCGAAGGGUGACGACCCCAACGUGUUCUUUUGGCCUCCCUGUGUGACGUUACGCAAAUGCAGCGGGUGUUGUACCAGCGACCUCUAUGAAUGCACAGCUGUACGGACACAACCGGUCGUCAUUAAUGUGUUGAAAUAUUUACCGAAUUUCGGUGAUGGUGGGAGAGAAUUUGAGGAAUAUUCUAUAACAAUGGAGGAGGAUGACAGUUGUCAGUGCUUGUGCAAGGUGCAGCAGAAGCAUUGCAAUUUGAAUAUCCAUCGGUAUGCACAGUGCUCUUGUCAGUGUAUCAGAGGCAAGCAGACUUGUACAGACACCAUGUACUGGGACACUCAAACAUGUAGCUGUGUAUGCAAUGCCACUCCUCAACAACGGGUGUGCAGUAGAAAGCGACAGGUGUUCAAUGAAGAGUCAUGCCAAUGUGAGUGCAAGAAACAUGCCAGGGAACGUUGCCAACUACCAAAGGUGUUCAAUGAGCUGAAGUGCAAAUGUGAAGAAGUAUUAGUAUCCAAGACAACACCUACUUCUCAAAUACGCAAGUGCGUACCAAUUAUCUGUCCGGUUGGCAUCAACUUUGACCUGAUAUCGUGUCAGUGUGAACUAGACACAGAAACAGCAAAAAUUACCACAAAAACAUCUGUGGACAUUCCUUUCAACGAUCGCCCUUAAUAAAGUAUUCAUAAACUUGUGCCAGUAACAUUUGAAUAUUAUAAAAAUUAAUUUUUCUUCUAUAUGAAGCAAUAUUAAGCUUACAAUAAGGUGAUCAUUGGUGUAAACACAAAUUUAUAUUUCCUGUAAAAUAAGCUUAAUCAAGAGCAGCUAAUAAGGUGUGUGCUGUAGAAAGACGCCUUGGACUGAGCCCAUAAAUCAUGUUGGUGGAUGUCAAUUGUUGGAGACAAACUUGUUGGAUGCAAUAUUUUGUUUAAUGCUGUUGUUUCGUAGCACCUGCUUUAAACUGGUCAACAACCCUUUUAUACAGUACAUGGAUAUGAUCAUAAGGGUAAAACUCUAAACAGUUUAUGUACAGUAGCACAGUCAUCAUCAGAAGGAAAGAGCAUUUCUUAUUCAAAUUUUCACAAUUUUUAAAGGAUUGGAUAAGUUGAAUGUUUUUUUAAUUGUCGUCAGUUGCCUUCACUAGGAGACGUUAAUUAAAAUUAAAGAAGCCACGGGCUAAAGAGUGGAAAAAAAACAAUUUUAACAUGGGAGUUGUUUUUGACUAGCUGACAAUUGAUCAGUCUGGAAGAACACUGGCAAAACCACCACCAAAGGUAUGUCAGACUCAUUCAGAGGAGCAAAUAAGAGACAAUGCUUAAAAUUCAACAUCAAAUUAAACUCAGGAUUUCUAUUUUAAUUGUUCUAAAUAAUUUAAACAAAUUCUGUAUUAGAUGGAGAGGACAGUGAAUAAUGAUUGGCUAUUGACAAUGCUACUGAAUAUUUAUUGGGUGAUGAUGGUACAUCACCAAAUGUUUGGGUGCUCAUUGUGUGUAUACAAAAGAAAUCUGUGUGAUUCAGGUGUGAAUCAAACCAACAACCUCCAGGUAACUAGCCUGAUGUCUUAACCACUUGACCACCAAGCUUACAUUGGGUGGCUAGUUGAUGAAUUUGAUCCCCAAGUAGCAGCGGUACUGCAAUGCUAUUUUGAUGGCGUUUUGCGUCGGGAGAAAUAAUACGAAAUGAUGUUUGACCUACCUGACAAGUUUUAAGUACUGUACUAAAUCCUCAUUCCUAUAUACUUGGCAAAAAAAAUGAUUUUAAUGCUGGUUUCAGAUAUAUCUGAAACAGUCUUGUUUUUCAGUGUCUGUUAAAAUGUUCUGCUGUACCUUAAUUUCAUAUUGUAUACCUUGCUUUAGAAAUACAAUUUGCAUUGCUGUUAUUCAGCUCUAAAUAUAUGAAAAUUAAUAUUUAUUGAUAACAUUCUUGGUGAUUAUUGUAUUUUAAAUCAAAUUUGGGGUGCUUAGCCAGCCCAUCGGUAUCACCGUGAAUGUAACUAAAAUAUACUUUCAGUUAAUAUGUUUAAUGUUAGAUCCUUUCAGAUUUGUAUGUAUUAUGGAUAUAAAUCAAAUGUAAAGAAUGUUUUUUUAAUGAAAGAGAACUCAGCAUCAUUAUUGAAUUGAUAUGGCUGUCAGAAUGCAAUAGAUUGAGUAUUUGAAUAUACAGUUAAACUUUCCUGUCAACUUUGCAUAAAUCGAAUAACUUCUAAGUCGAAUUUAUUUUACAUGCCAAAUUGUUGUGUUUUCCAUUAAUCAACAAUCUGUAAGGCAAAUUUUAUCUAAAACAAUUUUGCAAUGACAUUUUGGAUUCAACUUAGGCAGGUUCAACUGUAUUUUGCAUAAAUCAACAAAUUGAACACAAAGGUCCAAAAUUGGAAGAAAGGACUUCUGGGACAUUGGUUAAAUAAGCUUUCUUAAUCCAUCUAAUUUCAUUUUGCUGCACAUAAUUACAUGAGACAAUUGAUAAUAAAGCAGUGAAAACAUGCAAAUAUUAUAAAUCUGUGGGAGAUGGGUUAUCUUCGGAAGAAUCUUGCUUGCUUACGGGAAUCUGUCUGAAUUUCUGAGCGACUAGGGACCACUGUGAACAUGUGGAGAUAAUGAUGAUGAAAUUGAAAAAGGACAGAUAAAUACCACCAUUCUUGCAUUCUUUUUUAUUUGUACAGUAGUAGUCUGGUUAAUAGUACUGUAAUAGGGUUACAAGCUGGAGUGCCAUCUUAUUUUUGUUGCAUUGAAAUAUUAAUGUCUCUAAGUCUAAGUUUUGUAAAUGUAUUAAACAUAUUUUGAAGCA